AUGGGUGAGGCCGACGCUGUUAAAGGAAUCCUCCCAUCAUCCGGUUGUUCGGGGGCUGAUAUCGUGGCGUACAAGAUACAAAAGCAGCACCAUGACCAAGCUGCAGAUUACCCGAAAGAAGGAGAUAUGGUGAUCCUCUAUGGAUCAAGAGAUAAUAUCUUUUCCUGUGUACUCAAACAAGGUGGUGUUUGCCAAACACGGUUCGGCAACUUCGCCCAUGGCGAUAUUUCCAAGACACCAAUAGGGCACAAGGUGUACGACAAGCACAAUGGCAAGUGGCUGGUGGUCCUGCGUCCAACUCCCGACCUGCAUACUCUGGCCCUCCGACACCGAACACAAAUCAUUUAUCACGCGGACAUCUCGUUGAUUCUGAGCCUCCUACACGUCCGGCCCGGGAAAACUAUUAUUGAAGCGGGAACUGGUUCGGGGUCUCUCUCGUUUUCUCUGGCGGCAGCGCUGCGGCCUGGAGGUCGUUUGUUCACUUUUGAAUUCCACGAAAAAAGGUGGCAGGAGGCAAGGACGGAAUUCAAGCUUCUUGGUAUUUCCGAUGAGGUUGCAUCUUUUCACCGUGACGUCUGUACCGAAGGAUUUUGCACGCAAACACCGGUAGCAGCAGAGGAAGGAGGGAAGCUCCCAGCUCCGUGUUCGGCUGACGGUGUGCUCCUUGACCUCCCUUCUCCAUGGCUGGCGGUAAAAUACGCAAAUAAGGUCCUCAAGGGUGGAGGCCGCUUAGUGACGUUCUCCCCUUGUGUAGAGCAGCUGCAUAGAACCCUUGCUGCUGCGCAGGAGCUUGGCUUUCAGGACUUCCAGGCCUUUGAAGUUCUUGCCAAACCAUGGGGAGCCUGCGUCUCCCGCGCUACCCAUGAGCAGCCACGGAAGCAAGAGAAAAAGAGGAAGAGAGAUGCAUCCGCUGAAGCACGCCGCCAGGCAGAGAGUGAUGAUGAAGCGCAGGUGACACAAGAGAACCAGCAGCCUCAGGGUAGCUCAUUCCCUGUCCUUCUAUCUCAUUUCUUGCAGCAGCCUCUUCCACAUUCCCUUAGUGGAAGUACUGUGCCUGCAGCUGCAGCAGGUGCCAGUUCAGUAGCCGCUGCAUCAGCAGCGGGAAACGUUUCCCUUGAAGAUGCGCUUCGCGUCAGUAGCUAUCAUUAUCAAUUGCCUAUGAAAGGGCACACGGGAUAUGUGGCCGUCUGUAUCAGGCCCAGCGAGGAUGAAUCGUUGCAGCCACUUCCAUGA